AUGCCUUUCCACUGCCCAUCACUAUCUUCGCAGUACCAUCGCCCUCAUCAUCGUUACGUCGUCCCUAACCUGGACGAAGAAGAGUUGAUGUUGAGAGGCAAACAUGAAAACGAGGAGGAAAGCAAGCACAGAGCAUCGGCGGGCACCAGUGAUUCUCGGACAACGGGAGAUGCAAAUGACUGCUCUGCACCCAAGCGACACAUGGCCGAGAGCUGUGGUGAAGGUCAUCUUCCUGCGGUCUCUUCCCUGUUGUUCGCUGUUGCCGACCGUGGAUGUGUGUCGUCCGACACAGCUUACCACCGGAGUAAGAGGACGGGAUAUACUCAAGGCGAUCAGGAACCAUCAGACGGCAGAAGUGGCAACGCCGAGCUGAACAUCACCAUUCCAUCAAUCCUCGUCAUCGGUGUUGUCGUCACAUUUGCAGGUCAUACCGAGAUCCUUUCUGGCCGACAUUCCAAAUUCAUCACAACCAAAAGACAACCCCGAUCAAUAGCUCUGGAGCAGACUUUGACUCCGUAUAGCCAGGACCAGAAGGUACAAUCAAGCGUUUCACCGAGUCGAACUCGCUCAUCGGCGCUGGUUUGUGGAUCGGAGUCGCAAUUCGGGGUCGAGGAAGAACGAGAGACUGCACGGUCAUCUUCUACUGCCCCUGUGUGGUACAACGAUACGACAGAUAUAGCUCCCAUAGCUACAUCUCGACCAGUACGAUCUCCGCUUGAACUCGAAAGAGCGACUUUCACCCGCAUCUCCGGCUCUUCAAAGGUCGAUCACAAGACUCUCGACCUCCCACUCGGAGCCGGACCUCCUUUGAUCAACAAAUCUAUCGCCAUGUGUGAUAUGACUUCGAGUCAACAACAAGGACUCGACGAGGUUGAAAAGACGGGUAUGAAGGAGGAGAAUCAAAAGAAGGAGGAGAACGAAAAGGAGCAAAAUGAAGAGGAAAAGGAGGAGCGGAAAGGUAUAGAUACCGAGAUGGUUUCGUCUAGGCAGGCGCUAGGAGGGUCGACAUCGAUGCUGCCAGACGCCAGUGAGGCGAAUUCGAGGACGACGAAAAUGGUCGGACUCGCCUCCGGAUCGAAGAAUACAGGCACAGGUAUACACACGAGUACGAGUUUACAAGAUGAUGCUGUGUCUCCAAGCUCGGGCAAAGAGAGGGAACAGGUCACGAGCAUGGAAGUAGAUGGGGAUCAAAAUGAGGACGAGCAGAGAUUAAGAUGGAGUCCUACGCUGCCAAUUCAUGCGUUGACCUGCGAUGAUCAGAUGGAAGGCAGACAAAUGAUGAACAUGGAGGAUCCGAGGAUGAAACUGGCGGACGAUGAGGGAAGUCAAGAGGUGAAGGAAAUUGAGGAUACAAAACGGGACACGGCAUUGGCAGAUAAUAUGGGAGUCGGCUCGCGGAGGCAGGAGGUCGAAGCACGAUCGCACGAGGAAAAGAUACCGCUCGUCCCGCCUCCACAGGGGAGCAUGCUGGCAAAGCUUCUCCGACCUGAAACGCGACCCGCUCAGCCCCCAAUAUUAAACACGGCCGCAAAUACGGUUUCUUCAUCAUCGACGCCCUCGGCAUCUACUUUAACAACAUCGCUGCCAACAUCAACGACCUCGCCGCCUCGUCCAUUCCUCCCACUCCAGCCCGCGGGAUCCCUCUUCGAACGUCGAAUCUUGCCUCCUCCCCGAGCGCCACACGCGCCACCGUUCGAGCGAAGAGCUACCGUCGGAUCCGACCUCCUAAGUGAUACACGUCGAGACCCAUGGGACCUCUUGAACGUAACUCGGCCACUUUGUCAACCACCAGGGGCAUUGUUCGGGAACUAUGAGAUCGCGCCUUUGACACCCGGAAACGGGGAAAUGAUGCCUAUGGACCUCGACCCAGGAGCUUCUACGGGUUCGUGGGAUCGACCUAGACCGACGAGCUCCCCCGGACCCAGAGGCGGGCCCGUCCAGAGGGAACCUCAUCGUCGCCGUGGUUCAGUCCAUCUACCAGGGCUAUCGAACUCGAACCCGGCCAGGCCUUACGGCUCGUUGUCGAAUUUGGCAGACACAAGGACUCUAGGUGAUCAUCGUCGUCGAUCGAGUGCGGAGCAGAGGGUACACGCGUUCUCGCCGUAUCGCGGUGCUGGAGCAGGGGCGGCGGUUGGAGCUAGGUCGAGAGCCCUCACAGGCUCACGGCAAACUAUGAGCCCCGGCAGCGAGAUGGAAGAUCCGUUCCAACAGGUCGGUCUCCCAGUUGCCGGCCCCAAUGGACACAGGCCGAGCGUGUUGGAGAGCCGAUUGCCAGGUGGUUCAGAGGAAACGGACGAGCCGGGGCGACGACCGAACCUUGCUGGCAAGUCGGUCAAAUCGACAAGGAUGGGAAUGGCAUGCAUUAUAUGCCGCAAAAGAAAAAUCAAGUGUUCGGGCGAUCAACCGUGCGAAGAGUGCGCCCGUCACGAUCGGGUCUGUCAGUACAGGCCGAUCCCGGUGGAAGAAUCUAGAGCAGAGAGGGAACGUAGGAGUCGGAGAGCGAGGAGAUCAUCAGAACGAGAGGUGUAA